ACUAAAUUAUUAUAUAGUGAUAGAAUAAAAGUUCUACAUCUGCAACAUUUAUGAGUAACUAAUUUUCCAUGCCCUGAUCAGAAAAAGUAGAUGAUGAUGAUGUCUCACUGUGUUUUCCCGGUUGAUCCACCUUCUACUGCUUCCCCAUGCUUCCACUCUAAAGUUGGAAAACAAUGGUCUCAAAGAUUUGCCUUGAGUGUAAGGCCAAUGCACCCUAAGAGGGUUUCAAGCGGGUGCAGAGCGAGAGCAACUUUGGGUGAUGCUGAUAAAUCAAUAGGAAUUCCCCACCAAUGGUACAAUGUAAUUGCUGAUCUUCCAAUAAAACCACCUCCACCGUUGCAUCCUCAGACUUUUGAACCGAUCAAACCAGAUGACUUGUCACCCCUUUUUCCUGAUGAGUUAAUCAGACAAGAGAUCACCAGUGACAGAUUCAUAGACAUACCAGAUGAAGUUCUUGAUGUUUACAAGCUUUGGCGCCCAACCCCUCUCAUUAGAGCCAAGAGGCUGGAAAAGCUUCUUGAUACGCCUGCUAGGAUUUACUAUAAGUAUGAAGGAGUAAGCCCAGCGGGAUCACACAAACCGAACUCUGCUGUGCCACAAGCCUGGUAUAAUUUACAAGAAGGUGUGAAGAAUGUUGUCACAGAAACUGGUGCUGGACAGUGGGGAAGUGCAUUGGCUUUUGCUUGCAGCAUAUUUGGCCUUGGCUGUGAGGUGUGGCAAGUACGUGCUUCUUAUGAUUCAAAACCUUAUCGGAGGUUGAUGAUGCAAACAUGGGGUGCAAAAGUACAUCCAUCUCCAUCUAUGAUCACUGAGGCUGGUCAGAGAAUGCUUCAAGAGGAUCCAUCAAGCCCAGGGAGUUUAGGCAUAGCCAUAUCAGAAGCUGUGGAGGUUGCUGCUAAAAAUGCUGAUACCAAGUACUGCUUGGGGAGUGUACUGAACCAUGUUUUGCUUCACCAGAGUGUUAUAGGGGAAGAGUGCAUCAAACAAAUGGAAGCUAUUGGUGAAACACCUGAUGUCAUUAUAGGAUGCACUGGUGGUGGCUCCAACUUUGCAGGGCUAAGUUUUCCAUUCCUUAGAGAGAAGCUCAAUAAGAAAAUCAAUCCUGUUAUUAGAGCAGUUGAACCUUCAGCAUGUCCUUCCUUAACAAAAGGGGUGUAUGCAUAUGAUUAUGGUGAUACAGCAGGGUUUACUCCAUUGAUGAAAAUGCACACACUUGGACAUGACUUUGUUCCGGAUCCAAUUCACGCUGGGGGUUUGCGUUACCAUGGUAUGGCACCAUUGAUCUCACAUGUUUUUGACUUGGGUUUAAUGGAAGCAAUUUCAAUUCCACAAACAGAAUGUUUUCAAGGUGCUAUACAGUUUGCUAGGUCUGAAGGGUUGAUACCAGCUCCUGAACCAACUCAUGCCAUAGCUGCAACCAUUAGGGAAGCUAUUCGUUGCAGAGAGAGUGGGGAGGCCAAGGUUAUUUUGACAGCAAUGUGUGGACAUGGCCAUUUUGACCUACCAGCUUAUGAAAAGUAUUUGCAAGGUAACAUGGUUGAUCUUUCAUUCUCAGAGGACAAGGUUAAAGCUUCACUGGCCAAAAUUCCUCAAGUCAUUCCUUGAGCUCUCUCAACACUUUUAUGUGUCUCAGUUUAUUAUUUCCAUUUGUUUCAAGAAAUAUAUGUUGUUUUUAGUUUUAUUAUUAUUAGAUUAUAUACAUUUCUCAAAGCUUAUUUUAUAUAUUUUAUAAUUAUUAUUUCUUUAUUUAA